GCGCGCCGCCCGGGUUCCCGCCAGUGCCUCUUCCUCCACACCUCCCUGCAAGCUGAGGGAGCCGGCUCCGGCCUUGGCCCGCCCAGAAAGGGGCUCCCACAGUGCAGCGGCGGGCUGAAGGGCUCCUCAAGCGCGGCCAGAGUGGGCACCGAGGCCGAGGAGGCACCGAGAGCGAGCGAGGACUUCGAGGGCUGCCAGUACGCUGUCACCUCUCAACAUCACUAGUAACAACAGGCAAGUUUCUGCAGCAGCGACUCCCUCCAGAGGCUCCGUGAACCGAGGGAAGGGAGUAGGAACACCAAAUACGGAUCCGUUCAAAUAACCAAAUGGCAGGGAGAGGCAGCAAAGUUUGGCCAGGAAGAUGAAAAGGAUCGGAGAUGUUUUCAAGAAUGGUUGAAUAGAUUCAUUCUAUUUCUCCGUCUCCUCCCCACCCGCCUCCCACUCGGUCCUCUCCGUGCUCCACUGCCCCCUCUCUCCGCCCCGUCUUCCUUCCAGAGCUGUGCCCGCAGCGAUCUUAGAGUGCGCAGAAACGGCAGUCCCAGCGAAGGCAAAGGCUCCAGCACCGCCAAAGCGUUUAGUUUCUACUGGACUGGUUGAGAAUACAUCCUGAAGUCCAAAGAUGCCCACGCUGACGUUAAGCCUGAAUUUUGUUGCCUCGAUUGCCGCAGCUGACUCUAGCAGAAGCCCAGUCAAGGGGGCGGCCCCUCACCUCUCGGCGAGUUGAUAUGCAAAAUAGUUACGUCAGAUGGUGGGGGCGGGGCACCCCCGGGUUGAGUGGCAGCAGCUCCUGCCUAGGGAGGAGGAGCGAGAAUCAGCCUGGUUCAGUGACUGAGACAAACUGGAGGUGAAAGGAGCUGGUACUGUCCACUGUGCUGUCGGUGCUGAACCUGAGACGCGAGCGGACCAGUUGCUCCAGCACCUGAAGGCAACGCCCUCUUGUACCCUCUGUGCCCUGUGGGACCCGCUUCACCAACAGGACCCAUAUCAACUUGACAAAGGAGUGUGGUAUCGGACGUGGGAGAGAGUCCUCUGUUUGCCACCUGGGCGCUCAUUCAGGCGUGACUUUGGAGAUUUCUAUAGUUUUAGACCAAACUAUUUUUUUUUCCCCAGCUAAGACGAUCUUUUGAGAGUUUUUUUUUUUUAUUGUGAUUUAUAUUUCCACAGCGUUUAGGAAUCUUUCUGGGGGACUUUUGUGACUGUUAAAAUAAGGUGAAAAGCAAUAAGGAUGUUUAAGUGCUGGUCAGUUGUCUUGGUUCUCGGAUUCAUUUUUCUGGAGUCAGAAGGAAGGCCAGCCAAAGAAGGAGGAUAUGGCCUUAAAUCCUAUCAGCCUCUAAUGAGAUUGCGACAUAAGCAGGAAAAAAAUCAAGAAAGUUCAAGAGUCAAAGGAUUUAUGAUUCAGGAUGGCCCUUUUGGAUCUUGUGAAAAUAAGUACUGUGGUUUGGGAAGACACUGUGUUACCAGCAGAGAGACAGGGCAAGCAGAAUGUGCCUGUAUGGACCUUUGCAAACGUCACUACAAACCUGUGUGUGGAUCUGAUGGAGAAUUCUAUGAAAACCACUGUGAAGUGCACAGAGCUGCUUGCCUGAAAAAACAAAAGAUUACCAUUGUUCACAAUGAAGACUGCUUCUUUAAAGGAGAUAAGUGCAAGACUACUGAAUACAGCAAGAUGAAAAAUAUUCUAUUAGACGUACAAAAUCAAAAAUAUAUUAUGCAAGAAAAUGAAAAUCCUAAUGGCGACGACGUAUCUCGGAAGAAGCUAUUGGUGGAUCAAAUGUUUAAAUAUUUUGAUGCAGACAGUAAUGGACUUGUAGAUAUUAAUGAACUAACUCAGGUGAUAAAACAGGAAGAACUUGGCAAGGAUCUCUUUGAUUGUACUUUGUAUGUUCUAUUGAAAUACGAUGAUUUUAAUGCUGACAAGCACCUGGCUCUUGAAGAAUUUUAUAAAGCAUUCCAAGUGAUCCAGUUGAGUCUGCCAGAAGAUCAGAAACUAAGCAUCACUGCAGCAACUGUGGGACAAAGUGCUGUUCUGAGCUGUGCCAUUCAAGGAACCCUGAGACCUCCCAUUAUCUGGAAAAGGAACAAUAUUAUUCUAAAUAAUUUAGAUUUGGAAGACAUCAAUGACUUUGGAGAUGAUGGGUCCUUGUAUAUUACUAAGGUUACCACAACUCACGUUGGCAAUUACACCUGCUAUGCAGAUGGCUAUGAACAAGUCUAUCAGACUCACAUCUUCCAAGUGAAUGUUCCUCCAGUCAUCCGGGUGUAUCCAGAGAGUCAGGCUAGAGAGCCUGGGGUAACUGCCAGUCUUAGGUGCCAUGCAGAGGGCAUACCAAAGCCUCAGCUUGGCUGGUUGAAGAAUGGAAUUGAUAUUACACCAAAGCUGUCCAAACAACUCACGCUUCAAGCAAAUGGCAGUGAGGUUCACAUAAGCAAUGUGCGCUAUGAAGAUACUGGAGCAUACACUUGUAUCGCAAAGAAUGAAGCAGGAGUGGAUGAAGACAUCUCUUCUCUUUUUGUGGAAGACUCUGCUAGAAAGACCCUAGCUAACAUAUUAUGGAGAGAAGAAGGUCUGGGAAUUGGGAACAUGUUCUAUGUUUUUUAUGAAGAUGGAAUCAAAGUGAUACAACCCAUAGAAUGUGAAUUUCAGAGGCACAUUAAGCCUAGUGAAAAGCUCCUUGGAUUUCAGGAUGAAGUCUGUCCCAAAGCUGAGGGAGAUGAAGUUCAGAGGUGUGUGUGGGCAUCAGCUGUUAAUGUCAAAGACAAGUUCAUUUAUGUUGCACAGCCAACUUUGGACAGAGUCCUUAUUGUUGAUGUGCAGUCCCAAAAAGUUGUUCAGGCAGUGAGCACAGACCCUGUCCCAGUUAAAUUACACUAUGACAAAUCACAUGAUCAGGUCUGGGUGCUAAGCUGGGGUACCUUGGAGAAGACAUCACCAACACUACAGGUAAUUACCCUGGCCAGUGGGAAUGUGCCUCACCACACAAUCCACACCCAACCAGUGGGAAAGCAAUUUGACAGAGUGGAUGAUUUUUUCAUUCCCACCACAACACUCAUUAUCACCCAUAUGAGGUUUGGAUUUAUUCUUCAUAAAGAUGAAGCUGCACUACAAAAAAUUGAUCUUGAAACCAUGUCAUACAUCAAGACAAUUAACUUGAAGGACUAUAAGUGCGUUCCUCAGUCAUUGGCAUAUACACACUUGGGAGGCUACUACUUCAUUGGCUGCAAACCUGACAGCACCGGAGCAGUUUCCCCACAGGUCAUGGUGGACGGUGUAACUGACUCAGUCAUUGGGUUCAAUAGUGAUGUGACGGGCACUCCAUAUGUCUCUCCAGAUGGCCACUACCUUGUCAGCAUUAAUGAUGUGAAAGGUCUUGUAAGGGUUCAGUACAUUACCAUCAGAGGAGAAAUACAGGAGGCUUUUGAUAUUCACACAAAUCUGCACAUAUCUGAUCUGGCAUUUCAACCAUCCUUUACUGAAGCCCACCAAUAUAACAUCUACGGUAGUUCAAGCACACAAACUGAUGUGCUCUUUGUGGAGCUCUCUUCUGGGAAGGUCAAGAUGAUAAAGAGUCUCAAGGAACCACUCAAGGCAGAAGAAUGGCCUUGGAACCGGAAAAACAGGCAAAUCCAGGACAGUGGCUUGUUUGGUCAAUACCUGAUGACACCUUCCAAGGACUCUCUCUUCAUCCUAGAUGGACGACUCAAUAAAUUAAACUGUGAGAUCACUGAAGUUGAAAAAGGAAAUACAGUCAUUUGGGUUGGAGAUGCCUAAAAACCCUAUGAUACAAUUAUUGAAUGAAGCGUUUUACAAUACAUUGCACUUAAUCCAUUGUUUAAAUUUACAACUUAACUUUCCAAGUUUAUAUCCUAGUCAAACAAAAUUUACUUGGUUGGUCCAAAUAAAAUAAAUUGUUUUUGACUAAGUGACUAAGACAUACACAAUUAAUUAUAUUGGUUAAUUAGAAAUACUCAGCACAAUAUUUAAUGAGAAAUCACAUCAGUCACAAGAAUCAAAUGUGUAAAUUAUGCUUUAAACAAUAAAGUAGGAUUUAAAUCAUUUAAAAAACUAAACUGCAGGGAAUUUCAGAUGACAUAAAGCAUUAUUUCAUUUUGAGGGUAGUUUAUUUUUUUUCUCUGUCCUUUUGGUAUGAUUAAACAAGAAAUAAAAGGUGUUGUGGAACCUUAAAAUUCUUAAUUCAAAAUAUUCGGUCCUGUCCACUGUUUAUAAUAUUUUGUGCCUUGAAGGGAAUGUCACAGGAGGAAAAGGAAGACUAAAACCUGCAUACUAAAUGCCCUCAUAACUAUAAAUCUCUUGUUGUUAAAAAACAUCUCUUGCGCCAAAUCCUGUCUUCAGUCUUUUGUUUAACCCUCAAUGAACUAUCAAUUGAAGGCAUAAGUUGGCCUUAGGUUGUAUACAGGUGUCAAACUCCACUUGACAUUUACUGUAUAAUCUGCAGCAUGCUAUAGAAAGUGGGGAGGAAGGGAGGAAAAAUAAUUACAGUCAAAAUAUUUGCAAUCUAUCUACUCAUUUUGCUUUCAAUCACUAGAGUGUGUUAUGUUUUUAAUGCAAGUUUGUCUGGGAUGUCAACUGCCUACAGAUGUUUAUUACUAGCAGAAUAGAUUAUUUAUUAAUAGAUAUUGUUUCUUUUCAUAUAGUCCAAUGUUUCAUCAUCAGGAACUUUCGGUUUUAAAAAAGAAACAUUACUUUUGUCUGCUAAAGUAAACCAUAUAUAGGGAAAUUAACACCUAGGAAAAGAAAACUGGCAAGAGAAUUGAUGAGGUAUUAGUGGCUUAGAAGAAUUAGUAAUAUAAGUUGGGAAUAAAGGAGUAGCCCGACAGUGGUAAGUAAAAAUGUAGUACUCCAUUGUUUUUGCUAUUUAAAUAUAACGUAUCAAAAACCUUUAUUCUAAAAUUUCCACAAAUGAUUUAUUUUAUCCAUCUCCUUGUAAUCCUAAAAGCAUCUUCUCACUAUGUGCUGUAGUUUGAAACCUAACGAAUCCUCCUACUUGAGACACUGUAGAGAAGUAAAAAUUGUUGCUUCUGUUUUGUUUUAAGAGGAAAUGAGAAGGCCAGCAGAAGUAGAUUAAAACUAGAGAGCUGGUUUAUUAAAAUAAGCAGAUAAUUAUCCAGGCUUAAAGUAACAGCUUACAUGUUUUGAAAAUCCUUGUAGUUAUUUUUGUUUUUAUUGUUGCAAGAAAAUGUUAAUGGGCUGUUGAAAUGACCUCCAUUUACUUAAGGUAAUCCAAUAAGGUCUUUUUUAAAUAUACAAAUUUUACUCAAGUUUAAAUUGUGUAAAACUGCUUAGAAACCUGAAAUUUUAUAGUGUGUAAUAUCUUAUGUGUAUAUAGCAUCCUGAGCUGUGUGAUACAGUAGAUUUCUUCUUAGCAGAAACAUGCGAGGUAGAUUUAAUAAACAACAAAAAUCAGCUUAUGUUUCUACUUAUUGAAUCUGCUUUACUUUUUAGCAAUUUUCUUCCUUGUGAACAUGAACCAUAUAAAGUGUCUGUGACUUAAUGAUUUCAUGUAAGUCUGUCGCAUACAUCCUUCUUUUGUAGCUUACACCAUGUGGAUGCUCUGUCUGUAGACACUGCUUGAUAAAAGGAGAAUAAACCUCUUACAUUUUAA